GAAAAAGAAAAAAAAAUGAGAGCUUCUCUUCUCUUCCUCACCUCUUCGCCCUCUCUCCUCUCCUCUCCCAUCUCCUUCUCCCCAACACCCUCCACUCCCAAAACCCUAAACCCUAAACCCCACCACCCACUCCUCCUCCUCCUCUACCCUCCCCCUCUCCCCGCCGCGCUCCCACCCCCGACACCUCCACGGCCGUGGCUGCGCCGCCUCCGCCGCCGCCGCCGGGAUUUCGCCGCCGGAGCCGACGACGACGACGCGGAAGCGGGCGCCGGCGACGACUACGACGUGGGGGACGAGGACGAGGUGGAGGAGCUCGACAACAAGAAGGACUACGACGUCGAGUACGACCGCCUCCUCGGCCCCCCCAUCUCCGCCGCGGCGGCCGACGCCGAGGCCUCGCCGGACGACAUAGAGAUGGUGCCCAGCGAGAGCUUCGUCUCGACGCAGGGGUGGGAUUCGGAGACCGUCGUGGAUUACCGGAUCAACGAAGAGGAGUUCCACAAGAUCAGCCUCUUGCAUUGCGAUUUUUUCAUCAGGAAGCCACCGGAUCCUGAUGAUAAUGUCUAUGAUUUCAGGGAGAUGUACGUUACUCCACCGGAUACAGAUGUGUACUCUAUUCCGAGGGUUCUCGCUCCAAUGCCACAGAAGUACAUUCGCUGCUCGAAGAGUAACUUUGGAUGCUACAAUGUUACGGAGCCGCCCAUCGACGCACCUCGAGAUCCAUUAUAUAAAACCGACAGGGAGAUCUUGAAGGUUUUCUUAACAAAACAUUACAGAAACAGGCGAAUAAGUGAUGGAGAGUUCGUUCUUGAUUUUGAGGAAAUUUAUGUUAUCGACUCAAAAACAAAGUCUAUUACAAGAGCCAAAGUUCUGGUCACUGUCCCUGGAGGGAGGAACAGGGAUAGAAGAAAUGACUUGCUAAUCAUCCGUGAUGGCGGAACCUCUUUCAAAAUAAUCGACAAAAGUCAGAGGGACGAUCCCACGACUGUUAUAGAACGAGAAGAGUGGGUCAAGACGAGGCAGGAAAUGGAGAAUCAUCUCCGGAAGCUUCGCGACUUCAGCGUCUCAAAUUGGUUUUAAAUUAUGUUUUCUGAGUGGAAUUUGUAGGUGAACUUGUUUGUAUAGCUUCUGUAUAAGCAAUUUGUAGCCAAUCUCUUGAGCUGAUUAAGUUCUUGUAGCCUCUCCAAGGUUAUUAUCUGUUAUAAAAUUAUCUCUCUCUCUACCCUGUGGCUUCAGAGGUAUGCUAUUGCCAUGACUUGUUUUAAAUAAUGAGUAUUCAAAGUAGUGUGUUUGUUAAGUGGAUGUGUUACACAAAAUACUCUUUUCUGAUUUA